AGGCGUCUCGCGAGGCUUUGCGUUUCCGGUUCCGGGUGCUGCGGGUUGCUAGGGCCUGCUCCGGGUUGCUAAGAGAGGCCUAGCGAAGGCCCGAAGGCGUUAUGGCGGGGAGUAGGUUAGAGAAGCUGGGCAGCGUCUUCAGCCGCACACGGGACCUGUUACGUUCAGGGGUCAUUCCUGAAGCCAAGAAACCCAUCUGGUUCGAUGUUUAUGUCGCUUUUCCUCCACUGAGGGAGCCUCUCUAUCGGGAACUUCGUCCACAAUAUGGCAAAAUCCAAGAUGUGGUCUGCCCCAUCCUGUACAAGGAGGACGAGAUUAGAGCGAAAUUUUAUCAAGCUUAUGGAAAUGGUCCAAGAGCCUUUGAACUGUCCAGAUUAAACUUCAAAUCCACCUGCCAAAGGUUUGUUGAGAAAUACAUUGAACUGCAGAAACAGGGAGAAAUUGAUGACAACAAACUGUUUGAAGAAACAGGGAAAGCACUCUUGGCCGAGGGACUUCUCUUACGCAGAAAAGUGUCAGAGAAUGUAGCCCAGGAGGCUUCUCAGGAAGCCAGAACCAGGGACCCGAUGUUAGAAAUGCGACUCCAGAACGUGCUGCAGGAGAUGCAGGACGGCAAGCAGGAGCAGGAGCUUGAAACCACAGGUGCACCAGAGAAAGGCCCUGCCCCAUCCUAAGGGCUCCACAUUUUUCAGUUGCCUUGUAAAAGAAGGGUUAGAUGCCACCGAAUGUCUUGUCUGUGGACAUAUGACUGGCUGGACUGGGAGACAUUUACAAACAAGCGGUUGGCCUUUUUCCAGCCACCUCAAUAUUUCAUGUCGUUACACACAUUGACAUGCAGCAAAUGGAUAACGAGGACUUUGUCUCAUUGUGACUUGCUAUGGCACAGGAGGGGCCAGUCCUGCAUACUCGCUUGCCUGUCCGAUAUGAUGGAUUUGAUUAUUAAAACUUCCUUCAGAAGUG